AUGACGUUCAUGACUCACUUUACUCCGAGCAUUUCCACUUUUCAGAUGUGUGUUCUGCAUAGUCAGAACGUUCCAACUGAAAUCGCAGAAUUGAAUCGGAACAUCCCUGGAAAUAUAAUGAAUGAUGUGAACGGCGUUGAAGUGAAAGUGACCGUGGUUGACAAGAAUGACACGCCGCCGUCGUGGGACGGACAUCCGUCCGUGUUCGCCGUGUCGGAGGAUCUGUCGCCGGGCCAGGCAGUGGCGACCGUGCGUGCCGUCGACGCCGACUCUGCUGGCCACAUAACGUACGAGUUCGUGACGAAGGCUGGACAGAAGCCGUCGGCGAAGCCCGAAGGCACUGACGUCUUUGCUGUCGAUCCGUCGCGCGGUGUCGUGAGUCUGUUGCGACCGCUGGACCGGGAGCAGAAGGCCGAGUACGCUAUGGUCGUGCGAGCCAAAGACGGAGUCCAGUUUUCCGAUUUCGACAUCGUUAUCAAGGUGACGGAUACCAACGACAAUGCACCGCAAUUCGACGAGCCGAGAUAUUCCAUCGAAGUGGACGAAGACGAGGUGCGUGGCGCUGUCGUGGGCUCUGUGCAUGCCGGCGACGCUGACGAGGGAGCCAAUGGAUUGGUGUCAUACAGUGUCAUCUCCGACUGGGCCAAUGACGUCUUUUCGUUGAACCCCGUCACUGGUGUUUUCACUCUCGCCUCCAGGCUCGAUUACGAACAGGUUCAGCACUACAUAUUCGUCGUUGAAGCCAAGGAUGCCGGGACGCCGAGUUUGUCAAGCACCGUCAGCGUGUAUUUCAACGUCAUGGACCUCAAUGAUAACGCGCCGGUCUUUGAUCCGAUGAGUUUCAGCGACCGGGUGUACGAGAACACCACUGUUGGUGCUCCUGUGCUGACGGUUGCUGCAACUGACCAAGAUUCUGGGCUGAAUGGGAAGCUCGAAUACACGCUGGAAGAGGAAGGUGAUGAGAAUGAUCCUACGUUCGGAAUUCAUGGCGAGAAUGGAACGAUUUUCACCCGAAAGGAGUUGGAUAGAGAGAGAAGAUCGACUUACAAUCUGGUCGUCAUCGCAACUGAUUUAUGUCCAGAUAUCGACGCCAGGCUUUCCUCCAGCAUUCAGGUAACGAUUAUAGUGGAAGAUGUUAACGACGUUGUGCCCGAGUUCGUCGGCCCCACCGUUGGCUCUGUCACGGAAAACGCUCCUCCGAACACCGUCGUCAUGGCAGUCAAAGCCAAAGACGCAGACGAAGGUCGAAACAGCUACGUUGAAUACUUCUUGGAACGCGGAGUCGGGUCGGAAAAAUUCGAAAUGGGUGCAGUCGACGGGCUCAUUCGGGUUCGAGGUUCACUCGACAGAGAGGCGACCCCGUACUACCGCCUCGAAAUCGUUGCUCGGGACCGCGGAAGUCCGUCGCUGUCGGCGUCCACGACGGUGACGGUCCAAGUGCUCGACGCCAAUGACAACGCGCCCAUGUUUGAUCCGAGGCACUACUCGGCUACGGUGCCGGAAAAUGCGACGAUCGGCCUGAGUGUUUUGCAGGUCUCUGCGACUGAUUUGGACUCUGAACUGAAUGCUAGGAUUCGCUAUGCGAUUGUGGAUGGGGAUGCCUCGAGGGACUUCAUGAUUGCUGAGGACAGUGGAGUGAUUCGCGUUGCGAAGACGCUGAAUUUCGAGAACCAUCCCCACUACGUGAUCACUGUUCAGGCUGAGGAUUCCGGACAAGAGGUUAUGUAUGAUUCAGCGACAGUUAGCAUUACGGUUACCGACAUGAACGACAAUGCCCCGCUGUUCCUGGAUUCUCCUUACGUGAUCUACGUGAGAGAACAAGAUGUGGAUUCCAAGCGUUCCUUCUCGGAAACGGACGCAAGAAUCGGCAGAGUAACUGCUUAUGAUGCCGAUGGACCACCGCAUAAUCGAAUUACGUACUUGUUGAAGGAUGGCGACAAGGAUAAGUUUGCCAUCGACAUGAAUAACGGCGAAAUCAAGCUGAAGUCCGGCCUGGAUCGAGAAACUCAAUCGGAUUACGAGCUCGUGAUUGCUGCCAUGGACUCAGGAACACCGCGAUUGACAGGCACUGGCACCGUUCGCAUCAUCGUCACUGACAUCAACGACCACGGACCCGUUUUCGACACAAUCCGUUACGUCGCACGUGUUGCAGAAAACGCGCCGAUUGCCACAUCAGUCGUUUCCAUUCGGGCCAAGGAUGCUGACGACGGGCUCAACGGCCGCGUGGUUUAUUCAUUGUUGGAGAACGAGGGGAAGUUCGGAAUAGAUGAAAUCACGGGUAUUGUUGUGACGACGGCGGAAUUGGAUCGGGAAGAAAGAGACGAAUACGCUUUGGUCGUGGCUGCGUCGGAUUCAGCAUUGUCAGACUCGAGGACAUCCUACGCGAAUUUGACGGUCGUCGUGACGGACGUUAAUGACAAUGCGCCGAAGUUCUUGAGUGACGUUGCAGUCGCUCGAGUUCCGGACCCAUUGGAACAAGGAACAUUCGUGUUUGGCUGCGAGGUUGUUGAUGCCGAUGCUGGUGAGAACGGGACGAUGUUUUAUUACUUGGACGGCCCUGAUGCGGACUUGUUCACUGUCAACGAAGACACUGGAAUCGUCACAGCUGCUCGCAAACUAACCUCGCUUCAGAACGGCAAAAAGUUCUCCUUUGACCUCGUUGUCGCAGACAAAGGGGAACCCGGACUUACAUCCGUGCGGACAAUCGACGUGUACCUGCACCCGGGGUCAGAGUUCCCGGAAUGCGACGAAUUCCCCGACACUGUCAGUUUCUCCGAAGACGAACCCAUUGGUACCAAAGCCGGGAAAACGCGCGCGAAACCCAAGUCUGGGGACAGAGCCUCGUUAGCGUACCGGAUAAUUGCGGGCAACAAUGACCGCUCUUUUGCCGUCGAUGCGACUAAUGGAGAAAUUUUCGUGAGCAACCGACUCGACCACGAAUCCCGAGCUUUUUACGAGUUGUGGGUUGAGGCUCGUGACAGCGGUUUGGACCCGCAGCUUGGUACUGUUGUCAGACUUGCGGUCAAUGUCACUGAUGUCAACGACAACGCUCCGGUGUUCGAGGAGUUUGUUUACAACGCUGCUGUCAUGGAGGCGGAAGCACCACCAAAAUUGGUUGCCAAAGUUUCUGCUGUGGACGCGGAUACAGGAGAGAACAAGCGUGUCACUUACAGGAUUGACGAUAGAUCCGCGUCUGUAUCACCAAUAUUCGAAAUCGAUCCAGUUUCCGGCGAGAUCCAUUCAAAAAUUGAGCUGGAUCGUGAAAGAGUAGACAAAUAUUCUUUCGUCGUUGAAGCUGUGGACCAUGGAGAUCCGCAGAAGACUGGCACUUCGGUCGUCGUGGUCACAGUCGUGGACAAGAACGAUAAUCCGCCGAGGUUCACUCGAUUGUUCAGCGUCAAUGUGACGGAAAAUGCGCCGAUCGGGACGUUCGUUAUUCAGGUGACCAGUUCGGACAAGGAUAUCGGAGCAAACGGCAAUGCGACGUACAGCUUUACCGAGAAUCCCGGCGGGAAAUUCCGCAUCGACGGGGCGUCGGGCAACGUCACAGUCGCAGCUCCGAUCGAUCGCGAAGCCCGUGCUGAAUACUCACUCAAGGUGUCGGCCGUCGACGGAUCUUGGCGUGCAGAAACACCGCUCACUAUCACAGUGCUCGACGAAAACGACAACGCACCAGUGUUUGAGUCGCCGCAUUACGCCUUUAGCUUUCCGGAGACUGACGCAAACGUCACGGACGUGUCGAAGCUGGUUGUCGGCGUCGUGCGCGCCACCGACAAGGACAAGGCAGGGCCUAAUUCUGCCUUGUCCUACUCGUUGAAGCAUCCCUCUGACUUUUUCGCCGUUGAUCCCGGCACUGGGAGAAUAUUCCCGAAACGUGCCGUCGUCUUCGAAGGUGGCGCAACAUCUUCUCCCGAAAAUGAAUACAGCGUGCAAGUCGUCGCUGUAGAUCAGGGUAAGCCGCCAAUGUCCAGUGAAUGCACAGUCGGAAUUACGGUUGUCAAGGCAAACAAAAGUCCGCCAAAAUUUUUGCGAGAAGCCUACUCCAGCCCUGUCCCAGAAACAGCGUUGUUCGCUCAACGCGUCGUGCAGAUCAGUGCAGUGGACGCCGACUUCAACGCGAUUGACAGCGACAGGAUGUCUGACGAGGGGGAAGACACAGGCGUGACUUACGAAACGGUCGGAGGCAACGGGACGCAGUUGUUCGGAGUGGAAGCAAAAUCUGGUUGGAUAGUGACCUCACAGCCGUUACUAGGGCGUCGCAACUCCGUCUAUGAUCUCGUGGUUCGAGCCACCGACAACGGAAUUCCACCUUUGUUCACGGAAGUCCGCGUCACUCUUGUCCUCACUGGCCAAAACCGCUUCGCCCCGGUAUUCACAUCAACGCGCCCCUACGUCGUCGCUGUCGAAGAAAACGCUGCUUUGGGUAAACCAAUCGUCACACUAACAGCAACGGAUGACGACGGAGCUGACAAUCUGAACGGAGCCGUGCGGUACUUCAUUUCUGCCGGAAAUGAGCGCGGGAAGUUUGCCAUCAAUGCGCGUUCGGGCACGAUUACUGUCGCCGAAAGCCUGGAUUACGACGCAAUUUCUCGAUAUGUCAUCAACGUGACAGCAACGGACUCGGGCUUUUUACAAAACUCGGCUGAAACUGCUGUGAUCGUCAGCAUCGUUGACGUCAACGACAACGCGCCCGUUUUUGUCAAGGGAAACUUCGAAUUUCAUAUCGAAGAGAAUUUCGGUGCGGAUGUUCUGGUCGGGAAGGUGGAAGCGCGAGAUGCGGAUUCAAGCCCAUUCAACGUCAUUCGAUACUCAAUCAAGGAUCAGAAGGCAAAGGAAAGUUUCAAAAUCAACCCAGAAACUGGGGAAAUUUAUGCAACGAAAUCCUUUGAUUAUGAGGAAACGUCGAGGUUCGAUUUUCUCGUCACCGCGUGGAAUCCUGACGCUCCGGACACAAUGGUCAGCUCGUCCACCGUUGCUGUUCUCAUCACCGGAGAGAACGAGUUCUAUCCUAAAUUCGUCCAGCCAUCAUUUCACUUCACAGUCUCUGAGUCGGCUCGUAUCGGCGAAGUGGCCGGGAAGGUUCGGGCAGUCGACUCAGACGCCGGCGCAGACGGUCAGGUGUACUACCUGCUCGUGGGCUCCAGCAACGACCGUGGAUUCUAUGUGGAAAAAGACAGUGGCAAUGUCGUGGUGUCACGUCGAUUGGACCGCGAGAUACAGAGCAGAGUUGUUCUGACGGUGCUGGCGAAGAAUGGUGGUUCCAUCUUGGGUAAUGACACUGACGAAGCUCAAGUGGUCGUGUCCAUCGAAGAUGGCAACGACCCACCGGCUUUCACGCGCGAGAUAUACUCGAAGACGCUUCAAGAAGACGCAGACGUGGGCACUGUGGUUCUAGCUGUGAAGGCUGUUGACAAGGACGUGAACCCGGACAACAACCAGUUUACUUACACUAUGCUCAAGGGCAACGUGGAUAAGGCAUUCAACAUCCACCCGAUCUCCGGCGUUGUGCAGCUCGUCGGGAAGCUGGAUAGAGAGACGACGCAUGAGUAUGACCUCGUCGUCGGAGCCGUAGAUACCGGAAACCCACCGGAAACCGGAACAGCUACUGUGAGGAUUGUGGUGGCGGAUGCAAACGACAACGCACCGGAAUUCGACACGCAGGAAAUUUUGGGUUACGUAACGGAAAAUCGUCCGGCUGGGACAUCGGUUUUGGUCUUGAGACCGUUUGAUCGAGACGGAGAUAAAAACGGGGCUCCGUUUACGUUCAAUGUGGUUUCCGGGGACGAUGACGUGUUGGCUGUGAACCCGAGAACUGGAGUUGUGAGGACAGCGAAGGUGUUGGAUAGAGAGGCCAUUGCAGAGUUGAGGAUCGACGUUCAGGUUGAGGAUAGCGGAUCGCCGCGUCUCAAGUCGGUGUAUCCCGUCAAAGUUCAAGUUCUUGACGAAAACGACACUCCCUCCACGCCAAGAUCAUUAGAUGUUCGAGUCUUUUCAUUGGGUGCAGCAUUCCCUGGUGGCAAAAUCGCUGAUGUUCGACCUAACGACGCCGACUCUACUGGGAAUUACAAUUGCCGUCUCGUCAGCAACGCACCGCGACUGCGGAUGUUCUCAAUUCCAUCUGGCUGCGACCUGCACAUGUCGACUGUAGACACGGACGUGGCUCAAAGGUUAUCGAUUAUUGGAAACGAUGGUCGUCACCCAGAUGUCACUUCAAGCGUGAACGUAAAAUUCCGUUCGCUACCGACGACGGUGCUGCCCCAAAGCUCGACGCUUCGCAUCACAAACAUCACGUCAACAGAGUUUUUGGCCAAAUUUCACGACGCGUUCGUAGAUGUCGUGCAAAACAUCCUCGCGUUUGGGCAACAGCUCUUGGUGUUCUCUGUCGUAGACCGCACGGACAGCGGCGUGUCUGAAGUACGCGUCAGUGUCAGCGUCGAGUCGGCGGAAGGCUUCAGUUCUCCGUCCAGAGCCUUGUUGGACACGAAACAUCGCUUGGCACAGCUAUUUGGUGCCAAGCGUUCGCUGACCUUAGACUAUGAUCCGUGCCGGAAAAACCCGUGUAAGAACGACGGGGCUUGUGCUGUCACUGGCGUUGACGGGGUGCUGAAAAGUGCCUUCAGUCCGAGUUUGGGAUUAACGGGGCCUGAAGUUGCCAAGGACUUCACGUGUCAAUGCCGAGCCGGAUUCGAGGGAAAAGUUUGUGACAUCCGCAGAGACCCGUGUUUCCCCAACCCGUGCUUGUUCGACGGAGUUUGCUCUGGAGACCGAUCAACAUCCGAGUUCACCUGUCGUUGUCCGGAAGGACGUCAAGGGAAGCGGUGCGAAAAGCGCAAAAGAAACGCUUGCGAAGAAGAAGAACCGUGCAAAAACGGUGGUUCGUGUCGGACGACGGAUGACGAUGCCGGGUUCUUCUGUUUGUGUCGAGCAGGCUACAGAGGUCGCAGUUGCGAGGUGACAUCUGAAAGUUGUCGACCGAAUCCAUGUCUGAAUGGAGGAACGUGCAUGGACUUGAAGCCUGGCUACAAAUGUCAAUGCGCUCCAAAUUAUUUCGGCGCUCACUGCGCGGAAUCCUCCUUCGGAUUUUCCUCCUUAUCAUACAUGACGUUCGGAAGUUUAGAUGCUACCACCAACGACGUGUCGAUCACGUUUUCAACGAACAAGCCAAAUGGGCUUCUGCUCUACAACUUCGGAUUGCAAACUGGUGGACGGUCGGACUUCGUUGCUGUUGAAAUUGUGGGAGGAAGACCAAGGUUUUCCUAUGGAGGUGCUCGAACAGCCAUAUCCUCGAUCGCGUUGGAAACGUUUGUCGCCGACGGUCGUUGGUAUAAGGUGACAGCGACUAGAAACUCUCGCGUCAUGUCCUUGAGUGUUGGUAAUUGCUCGCAUGAGGCCGGGGCAUCUCUGGUGUGCCGCGAGUGUCGAGACACUGGCUGUUACGUUGAUGAUACCGGAACGAUUGGCACGUUGAAUUUCAACGGGAAACCGUUGUUUGUCGGAGGCGUGGAUAGCAUGGCGCAUGCUCGAGAACGACCCGGUCAGAUCCUCGCUGAUGACUUCGUGGGCUGCGUGGAAAGUCUUAUGAUCAACGGACGCUCUUUGAAUUUGUCUGCACCGACGGCGUCUCGCGGCAUCAGUGACACGUGUAAUCGACGUCAGGUCUGCUCGGGUGGCGACUCAGAUCCCUGUGCCCCGCGCGGGGUCUGUCUCGACCACUGGGACAGAGCUGUGUGCAAAUGCGACAAUGGACUCACAGCGCCGGAUUGUGGAGAUGCUUUCCGACCGAUUUCUUUGGCUGGAAACGGAUUCGUUGAAUUCAAGGUGACCGAAAGCUUGAGGCGAAGGCAUAUUUUUGCUGGAGAUGAUCAUUAUAAUGGAGCUGGGCGAUGGAGGCGGCAGUCGGACGCCACUGCGACUGGAUUCGCUUCAACGACGAUCAACACUGCACUGUCGUUCAAGUUCAGGACAGUUGACACGUCAGGGGUACUUCUUCAUGCUACCUCUGCAGUUGACUACACGCUGAUUUACAUUCAAGAAGGUGCUCUGUGGUACUCGUCAAAACUGGGGGAAAACUUCCCUGUGAACAUGUCGCUGUCCACCGGUCGGUAUGGGCCUUUGGAUAUCUCCGAUGGCUCUUGGCACAACUUGACGCUGAUCCUUGGAACUCAGGCCUUGACUUUUGAACUGAAUGGCAACCCGGUUGGAGACGAACUGGAUCCAAACACAAUCCACAAUUUCAUUGAUCCUUAUUUAACAUCGCUGACGUUUGGUGGCACCAGGGAUGUGACAUUAUUGGGAAAUGAGGCAGAUACUGGCUUCCAAGGAUGUUUGUCUUCUUUCGUCGUUGCGGAGCAAGUGCAAGUGUUCAACGGAACCGGUGUGUCCAUGUUGGACAGUCGAUUUGUCGGACACGUCGAUUUCGGCUGCUCUGCCGCCGUGCUUGGUGCAGCGGCAGCCACAGAUCCGCUGUCCAUCGGCGUGACGCUAGUGAUAGUUUUCUUCGUCGCCCUUCUUGUCGCCAUUCUUGUCAGCUUCGUAGUCUUCCGCUUCAGACGCCGCACAAAACGCACGAAGUCUCCGAGGCCAGUUCACGUUCAACAUCAUGUGAACUUGAAGCAGAAUUCCGGAAACCAAGCAAUACGAGAGAAUAACAACGGUGUGAACGGGAAUGGUGUCGGGGUCGUACAACAGGCGUCCGCCCCAAUGGCACCGGAAACGACUGUCGUCGUCGGGCGUCACCAUGUUCAUCAGGACUCCGGUUACGUGGAAAAUGGGGACAUGUUGGGCCAAGAUGACGGGAUCAAAUUCCAUUUGGCUGGGAAGAAGAUGCGCGAACUACCCAUAAGUGAAAGUGUAGAUGGUUAUGGCAGCGUUGAACGCUUCCAACCGCAAACCCGGCCGGAUCUUCUCGAAAGCCGUGAAUCUGUCAAUAAGUCACCUGGAGGGUUGUCCUACCAUUCCAACGGACUCGAUGAACACCACAUGUUACGUUCGCGUGAAUUGCUACACAUGACCAUGGGUAUGGAUAUGGGCAUUUCGGAGCCUGCAGAACACUACGAUCUAGAAAACGCCAGCUCGAUUGCGCCGUCGGACAUCGACAUCAUCUACCAUUACCGCGGUUAUCGGGACGGUAACGUCCGCAAAUACCAUCAUAAACCUGGCCGGUCUCCGUUGAACUUUCCCGGCGACAAAAUGAUGAUGAGACGACAGAGCCCAGGGCUUGUGCCCGUUACUGGAGGUGUUGGGAAUGGCGUUGGAAAUAGUGCUCAGGACAAGAUGCAAAGCACACCGUUGGCCCGUCUCUCUCCGAGCUCGGAGCUGUCCCAACAGACUGGACCGAGAAUUCUCACGCUGCAGGACAUCAGUGGAAAACCUUUACAAAGAGCACUUCUUGCUGCAUCGCCAUCUCGCCCGCUGAACUCGGAGCGCAGCAUGAACUCGCCAGUAUCGCACUUGACGAGCAACAGUUCCACCACCGCGACUGGCAGCUACCAUUCGUCGAAGAAGCCGCCACCACCGCCAUUGGCGCCCGGGCCGAAACUAGUGCCUCGCCCAAGAAAUUCCAGCCUCGUAUCUGCUCUCGACGACGUGUCAACAUCGAGCGACGAGCGUAGCCCUCGUCCGCGUCGUGGCAAGUUUUCCGUUGCCCCAUCGCCAGCGACGGUCGACAAGGCGCCACAUCCAGCUGUCGCGGAUUCGUCGACGGACGAGAGCGGCAAUGACUCGUUCACGUGUUCCGAGUUUGAAUACGAUGGCUACGAGAAGCCGGACGGAGUGUCGGUUGCCGUAGCACCGCCGUCGAAAGGGCAGACGGAAACUCGUCACGUGCCGGCGACAUUCCGAGGAUCCCUUAGCACCCUGGUAGCGUCGGAUGAUGAUAGCUCGUUCAAAGCCACCGACGGAGCUCAGUGGGAAUACUUCUUGGACAAGUGGACGAGGCUGGAGACGUUUCAGAACAUGGUCGGAGUGUUCACGGACAUCGCAGCUCUGCCUGAUUCUUCGGGACCUGGCGAGAAAGGACAUGCGACCGUUUCCGCUGUUGCGGCGUCCGUACCACCGCAAAAUCACAACGAAGAAUACGUUUGAUUCACGAGCUUGUUAGCAUUAUAGAAAGACAUUUUUUUGUGAGCGAUUUCACUACAAAUUUUUCGGACGACACUGCGCGAUUUGUGAAGAUGCGAUAACGGGCUUUUCGAUUCUUAUUCGUGUUCGAUGUAGACUCCACUGAUCCUACUAUAUUCCGCAAGUUCGAAUUGUUUUUUUUUUUUCCUCGUGCCAUUACGUUGUGUUUCAUUGGGGUAGCAAUCAUUUUUCCCUCGACAGAUCUCCAGAAUUCUGAAGUCCUUCCCUAUUUCAGAUUUUUUUUGCUUCAAGAAAACCGAGCUGUUAACAAAUUUUGAGUAGCCGCAAGCGAAAAAAAUUGAAUCCUCCGUAAGCAAGGUUAAGUUUGCAUUACUCCAAAAGUACAUGAAUAAUGAAAUAAAUAUGCGGACGAAUCUGUUUAUUACGACCCUGCGUUCUAUUUGACUGGAAAGUUGUUUUGAGAAUCUAACUCCCGUUUAAUUUGACGCAGGGAUCCGUUAAUGUUGAUCUGACGGUGUGUGUUUUAAAGUUCCUUAUGAGCAAAGGACCUUUUUUCACAAUUUUUUCCUUUUCUUUUUUUUAACCGCAGAAUGAAAACGGUACUGUAUGCGUUUUUUUUUUUAGAGAAGAACUAAUUUAAUUGACUCAUGGAUCCAUCCCAUCAAAAUCAUUCCUCAUUCAAUGAAGUGACUCGCGCCGUCCGAUUUGUGAUAAGCAGUCGUUGUUGAAAAGUUUUUUGAAUGCCUCGAUAUGGUGUUGAGAAUUGUAAGUUUGUAAUCGUUGCUCAGAGACUUGGAGGAAAAAAAUGUGAUCGGCGUUCUUCCAACCGGAACGAUUUUUUAAGCGUUGAUAACUGUCGGAUGUGCCAUUGUAGCUUGAAAUCUUUGGAUCUGUUUUUUGUAUCUCGACGCUUGCCAUACUUAUUUGCUUUUUUCUGAGCUCUUUUUUUUGUUGGUGAAAUUGAGGAGAGAGUGAAAGAGAGCCAUGUUGAGCAGUGCCAAAAAUUUUUGAAAGACGCUCAGAAGAUACUUUUCAGUGCCUUUUCUUUUGAAUUUUGUUGAUGAACUGAAACUGUUUUUCCUUCCUUGAUUUUCCCGUUUGUUGUUGGUUUUCUACCCUUUGUUGUAUUCCUGGAUGCAGAUCAGUAAAAAAAUUUGAUGAUCGUAAA